GCGCUGGAGCGCGGGCUGAAGCGCCUCGGCCGAACGGGAGGCGCUCGCAGCGCCGCUGAGCAGCUGGCGAUGGGCGACGCCGGGGCCCCGGGCCCGGAGGCUGCUGCUGCGCGGGCCGAGCCGGCCGGCGUGGCGCUGAGCGUGGACGUGGCGGGGCUGUUGGCGCAGCUGGCGCGCAGCUUCGUGCUGCUGUUGCCGGUGUACGCGCUCGGCUACCUGGGCCUGAGCUUCAGCUGGGUGCUGCUGGCGCUCGCGCUGCUGGUGUGGUGCCGGCGGAGCCGCGGCCUCAAGGCCACUCGGCUGUGCCGCGCCCUGGCGCUGCUGGAGGACGAGGAGCGCGCGGUGCGCCUGGCGGUGCGCGCCUGCGACCUGCCCGCUUGGGUUCACUUUCCAGACACGGAAAGGGCAGAAUGGCUGAACCAGACGGUAAAGCAUAUGUGGCCUUUUAUUUGCCAAUUUAUAGAGAAGUUGUUUCGAGAAACCAUAGAGCCGGCCGUGCGGGGAGCAAACACCCACCUCAGCACCUUCAGUUUCACCAGAGUCGACAUGGGUCAGCAGCCCCUCAGGAUCAAUGGCGUCAAGGUGUACACUGAAAAUGUGGACAAAAGGCAGAUUAUUCUGGACCUUCAGGUUAGUUUUGUAGGAAAUUGUGAGAUUGACUUGGAGAUCAAGCGAUAUUUUUGCAGAGCUGGUGUGCAAAGUAUUCAGAUUCACGGCACGAUGCGGGUGAUCCUGGAACCGCUGAUUGGAGACAUGCCGUUAGUGGGAGCCUUGUCCAUCUUCUUCCUCAGGAAGCCCCUUUUAGAAAUUAACUGGACAGGACUGACCAACCUUCUGGACAUCCCGGGACUGAAUGGCUUAUCAGAUACUAUCAUUUUGGAUAUAAUAUCAAACUACCUGGUGCUUCCCAAUCGAAUCACGGUUCCUCUUGUCAGCGACGUCCAAAUAGCCCAGUUGCGGUUUCCGAUACCAAAGGGUGUUCUCAGGAUACACUUCAUUGAAGCUCAGGACCUUCAGGGGAAGGACACCUACCUUAAGGGGCUUGUCAAGGGCAAGUCAGACCCCUAUGGCGUGAUCCGAGUCGGCAGCCAGCUCUUCCAGAGCAAGGUCAUCAAGGAGAGCCUGAGUCCAAGGUGGAACGAGGUGUAUGAGGCCUUGGUCUAUGAGCACCCUGGACAGGAACUGGAAAUCGAGCUCUUCGACGAAGACCCGGACAAGGACGACUUUCUGGGAAGCCUCAUGCUCGAUCUGACCCAAGUGGAGAAGGAGCGCCUUCUGGAUGAAUGGUUCACCCUGGACGAGGUCCCCAGAGGAAAGCUGCACCUGAGACUGGAGUGGCUCACACUCUUGCCACAUGCUGCCCACCUGGACCAGGUGCUCACAGACAUCAGAGCCGACAAAGGCCAGGCCAACGAUGGUCUCUCGUCUGCCUUGCUGGUCUUGUACCUGGACUCCGCGAGGAACCUCCCGAGUAUCUACGAGGGAAACUUUGGGUGUGGCUACCUGAAAGAGAGGCGAGCCUCUGGACUGGUGUUCUGUGAAAAUACCGCCUCAGUCUGUAGAGCGCUAUUUUCGGGGAAGAAAAUAAACAGCAACCCAAACCCUCUUGUGCAGAUGUCGGUUGGCCACAAGGCUCAGGAGAGCAAGAUUCGGUACAAAACCAAUGAACCUGUGUGGGAGGAGCACUUCACGUUCUUUGUCCACAAUCCCAAGCGCCAGGACCUUGAAGUCGAGGUCAGAGAUGAGCAGCACCAGUGCUCCCUGGGGAACCUGAAGAUCCCUCUCAGCCAGCUGCUCACCAGCGACGACAUGACCAUCAACCAGCGAUUCCAGCUCAGCAACUCGGGCCCCAACAGCACCCUGCGGAUGAAGAUCGCCCUCAGGGUGCUGCACCUGGAGAAGCGAGAGAGAUCCCCGGACCACCCACGCUCAGCUCAAGUGAAGCGACCCUCCGUUUCCAAAGAAGGGAGAAAAAGAUCUGUCAGGUCUCAGAUGUCCCCGUCACCGGGCGCUGGUGACAGCAGCCCGGCCCCCUCCACGCCGGCCAGCGGGGGCGCCGCGAGGCCCAGCCUGGAGGAGAGAGCCCCGUCCGCGGAGGCCGGCCCUCAGGGGCUGCGAGACCUGGGCCGAAGCUCCUCCAGCCUGCAGGUCGGCGCCCCCUGCUCCCCCUGCUCCCCCAGCCACAUCGCCGUCAAGGAGCCCACCCCCAGCAUCGCCUCGGACAUAUCGCUGCCCAUCGCCACGCAGGAGCUCCGGCAGAGGCUGCGGCAGCUGGAGAACGGGACGGCGCUGGGACAGUCUCCGCUGGGGCAGAUCCAGCUGACCAUCCGGCACAGCUCGCAGAGAAACAAGCUGGUGGUGGUGGUGCACGCCUGCAGAAACCUCAUCGCCUUCUCUGAGGACGGCUCCGACCCCUACGUCCGCAUGUACUUGCUGCCGGACAAGAGGAGGUCAGGAAGGAGAAAAACACACGUGUCAAAGAAAACUCUGAACCCCGUGUUUGAUCAGAGCUUUGAUUUCAGCGUUUCGUUACCGGACGUGCAGCGGAGAACGCUGGAUGUUGCCGUGAAGAACAGCGGCGGCUUCCUGUCCAAAGACAAAGGGCUUCUGGGCAAAGUGUUGGUUGCUCUGGCGUCAGAAGAACUGGCCAAAGGCUGGACCCAGUGGUAUGACCUCACGGAAGACGGGGCGCGACCACACGUGGUGGCUUAGGCCGAGCUGGGCCCGGGGCGCCCCCUGGCUGCCGCCGCCCGCCCGCGGGCUCGAAGGCCCCCCCGCCCCGCGCACCAGGGCCACUUGUACACUUCAUGUUCUUCGCUGGACGCACCUUAAUCGUUUUAUAAAACGUGGACAUUUCAGGCAUAUUUGGCCAACAUGAGGGUUAAAGUUUGUAUGCGGGACGUCCCCUGGUGUCUGGUCGGCUGUCCCAGCCUGCGGUCGGGCAGCAGCCGCCUUCGUGU